GUGAGAGAGGCAUUCAGCGCAACCCGUGUUCGAGGCUGCUUUAUCAAAAUCGUGGAAUAUAACGUAUUAUCCUGCGCGCAUUCGGAAACCGUGAAUGGGAAAUGAUAAGUGCGUUUCCCAGUGUUUUCGCCAAGGCUGAUCUUUCGCUCGGGAGGAAAAUUAAGAGCUAACCAUGACAGCAAAUGUAAAGAAACCCAGCGACCUGCGACGAACUUAUACAAUGUCAAGAAGCAAAGGAUGAGAAGGGAAUCGUAUUAACACAGAAGACAUCAUGAGACUAAGGGUCAGACUCAAAUCGCUGGCAUUCCUGGGCCUCGUCAGCCUGUGUGGUGUAAUCUACACCUUCACCGGGAGUCACGUGGGUAGUUGGAUAUGGGAAAGUGAGAAACCCAGGAGGAUAGCGCGAUUAUCAGCUGAGGACCUCCAUGCUCUGCGCGGUUACCCAUGGCAGGCACCGGCACCAGCGACAGUCAGCAGCAGCACUUCGAAACUGACACUGAACGACACCUUAGCCCACCUUCCGAAGGGCCAAACCAACCCUCCUUGUGAUAGAACGUGUCAGUUCAGACGCCUAAGGGAACAGACGUUGGUGGCAGACUCGCAGAUUCACAGCAAAUACUUACUUAAAAAUAAUAAUGCUUCAAAGACAAGGGUGACGCCUCAAAUGAUUGGACACGCCAGACUUCGAGAAUCGCUGAAGGACUGUGACAGAGCGUGUCGUAUUGCCAAGCUGAAAAGUACGAGGUUAAUGAGAGGUGGUUAUUCCUCGAGGGUUAGGGUAGAGAAUGUAACCUUACCUAAUUCAUGGACAGUGACAAGGGAACUUAUAGACCGCCUGUCUGCCCGGCGAAAUCAUGUUAAAGAGGUAUGUAAAAAAUAUGGAUUGGAUAGACCAUCAGAAAAUUACCAGCCAAACGCAUGGGAAUUCCUUGUUAACGAAGAAUAUGGCCUGGUUUGGUGCAACGUUUUUAAAGCUGCUUCGUCCACGUGGUUCUACAACUUCAAUCUUUUGGCUGGAUUCUCAGAGACCGAACUCCUUCACGCUAAAGAUACUCCAAUUCAGCUGGCAAGGAAGAAAUACCCAAGACCAACAGUAGAUGAGUUGCAUAAAGCCAUGAACAGCACACCACAGCCAUUGUCAUUUAUGAUAGUGCGGCAUCCUCUGCAACGUCUUGUUUCUGGUUACAGAGACAAGAUCCUUUCAGGAAGUCGCUUCUACAGCAAACUUGCACGUACCAUAAUCAAGCAAUAUCCAGAGCUGGGUCCAGGCGAGACAAGAGAACGACCCAAAUCCUGGGGUGUCUUUGGGAAAACUGUGCCACGUGCUAUUGUCCCUUCCUUUCCACAGUUUGUACAGUUUCUGUUGGAUGAAGCAGCCAGGGGCCAAAAACUUGAUGAGCACUGGACACCUAUGAGCCAGUUUUGCACACCUUGUCUUGUUAAUUUUGAUGUAUUUGCUAAGGUAGAGACUUUAGAAGAGGAUGGAAAUUACAUUAUAUUUUCUGCAGGUAUAGAGGACGUGAUAAAACCAAAACGAAUCAACCGAUCAAGGAACGAGCCAACUGAUGCUGUUGCAGACAAAUUUUUAUGCCAACUUUCGCAACGACAGAUGAAAGGUCUUCUUCAGUUAUAUAAAUAUGAUUUAGAACUAUUUCAAUAUGAUGCAUCAAAGUAUGUGAACUGUACAGUGACUUAAGAAAACAAGUCUGAAUUAGUGUGUGUGUGUGUGUGUGUAAUAAUUUUGGGUUUUUCAAUUAUUUUUGUUUUCUUGAUAUGAAGUUAGGUAUUUAUGAGAAUAUAGGGUAAAAAAUAUAUAUAUGAUUAUACAUAUACUCAUGCAAUUAUAUUUGCACACAACAUCAGGCUUGUUCACACCAUGCAUGUGCAUGUACACAUGCACACACACAGAAGUGCCUGUUUUAUCAAAAUUCCACUCCUUUAAAACUUGAUUGCUCAGACUUGAAGCCUUUUCUGCAACUUCCUUUUGCACCCAACCACAGAUUUAAUCACAUUGAUUGUUCAAGCAGCUAUUGGUAAUAACCCAAUGGUAUCAAGUAAUCACAUAGUCUACUGUCAUUUUCUUUUGUGAAUUUUUGUUUGCACGUAAAUGGUUUCAUAAGCGAUGAACCACCAAGGAGCCAGUUAAUUAAGCCUAUGUGCCUUAGUUGAUUUCUCCUUUCCUGAAGUUUUGGAUUUCUUUCUACUGCUAUUGAUAUUGAUGUUAUUAUUGUAUGGAGAUUAUGAUUAUUACAGUGUUAUUAGCAAUACUAAUAACACUUUUUUUUAAUCUUCCUGAGAGUCAAGGAUAAGGGUAAAUAGUUAAGCUAUAUGGGACUAGUAACAGACUCUUGGUGAUUAAUGAUUUGUGGAGCCAUCUACGUGUAAAGACAAUCAAUAAACAAAAGACACAGUAGACAUGGCAUGUUUUCUUGCCAUCCCAGCAACAGGGGGUUAACUGUUGGAGAGAAUGGUGCUGAUAAGUUGAUUAGAUUACUAAUGUUAUAUAUGUUGCUCUGAAGUCUGAGCAUGGGUAAGGUAGAAAAAGCAGAGUUCUGCUGAGUGCGUCAAUACUUAUUAGGAUCUGAUUUUCUGAGGACUAGCAUUGGAUUUUAGUGUCUGGAGAAAGCCAUUAUAUGUAUGUAUGUAUGUUUUUUUUUUUUUUUUUUUUUUUGAAAAGGAAGUAAGUGUAUUAGGGAAGUAAAUAUGUGAAAGAUCAAUGUAUAUUUGAUUGUUCUGAAGUAAUGGUACAAGCUGACAUUAAUGACAGUGUCAUGAGACAAAUAAGUAUGUGAGUUACCAAGGAAAGACAUCAGUUGCAGUAUCAACCUAGUUACUUAGAGUAUUAAUAAAUAACCCUAGUGCAGCAGUUAUUAACCUAAUUGCUCAUCAGGAUAUGAGUCAGUGUCCACAGGAUGCUGAUGGUGGUUAUAUGAGGCAGACUUUCAUUCUUUGAUGGUGCUUUGAAGAUGGUCCCAACCAUUCUUAGUGUCUUAGUUGAAAAUGAUCGACAUCUGUAGUGCAACAGCUAUUAUAGACAAGGAAUGGUAUACAAUUUUAUUGGUAGUCUGUUAUCUUAAGUUGAAGACUUUAAGAAUCCUACUAUUUAUGGCAUGUACAUCAGCUCCUUCUGUAUCAACAUUUUUUCCCAUUUCUUCUCCUAAGAGUGACUUGUAGGUGUUAGCAUUGGUGUAACUUAUGGGGGGUUCUACAUAGAGAUUUAUUAAAUUUGUCAGUUUGUUGACCUGGAAUGUGCCUCCUUCAGUCUGCUCAGCUAUCUUUGUUGUAUAGCUUCCAUCAAGACAUUUUUAUCACGCUUUUUCUGUGUUGGCUGGUCUUUAUUUACAAAAGCAUGUGUCUUCUAAUCUACAUUUUCAAAGAUGUGCAUAAAUUUUGCCAUAAAUGACUGUAGCAAGGUUAUGUGGGUGGUCAGAGAGUAAGAGCAAGUUCAGCAUGUUUAAUCAGCAAUUUUGGAGUAAGGUAUCCAAAAUGCAAAAGUAAGAUGUAACUAGCAAUAGGCAAACAGUGUUGAUAGAACUAACAUGAGUGGGAAUUUUGCAGCAAUAUGGAACUACCAAGUCUUGUAUUUAAUAUAGAGAGCUUCUUAGUGUAGAGAAUGACAUGGCAUCUGUCUGAAGAGUCACUCACAGGCAGUUGCUUUAUACAAAUCUAAGGCAAGGGGAAAGACAUAAAUUAUCAAGGAAGUGGAAGAUAUAUCGGCUGGACAAGAGAUAGGCAAACCCGGCAGAGGGGCCUAGCUAGUUUUCCUAAUACUACAUCUGUUGCAUACUUGGUCACAUUUGAAGGGAAAGUGACUUGCACACAGUUUUGAUGGGUUAUACAUGUGCAGAUGUGGUGAGUGAAUAAUGAGUAGUGUAUGUGAUAGUUGGACAGACGUAACUUCAGCUUAUGAAGGUAGAACUGAUAAUGCACAGGCCUUAGCACCACCACAUAGGUAAAUAAUCCUAUGUUUAGGGAACAGGACCUCCAUGUUUUGGCUUCAGAGUCUAGUCACAGCUAGGGUGGAAUCAAGAGAUACUCAAUGUGGCAGUCAUACAUGAGCAGGUAAAAGUAUAUUAACAGUUGCUGUAUGUGAAAUAAUAUAUGGAUAUUGUUAACUGAAUAUGGAAUACAAUAGAUAAAUACCUUGAAUGUCUAUAAGAGUUCUAGUUUAAAAUGAGUGGGUAACACAUGAGUUAAUAAAGGAGAUGGAAGGACAUAGCUAUAGGUAUGUACCAACCAUUAAGAAGUAAGGGCAGCUUACACUUUAUUGUGAAUAUUAUGAGAUUAGGAGAACAUAAGACAUAAGCCUUACAGCCAGUUGCAGCUAAGGCAGAAAUGAUGUUUGUACACUUUAGUGUGUUAUACAUGUUUGGAUAUGGUAGGGGAAGUGUGAGUACAGUAUAUGAAAAUAUUACUUAACUGAAAGCAAAUUCCAAGAACUUCAUGGCAUGGUCAUUGGUAUUAAUUUGCUGAGAGAGCAGGACAGAUACGUGACUUAAGCUUAUAAGAGUAGAACUGGUAACACCAGACCACCACUAACAUACAUUAAACCCAUGUCCAGUGGAAUGGUGACAUAGGCCUUACUCAAGGUAUACAAUUAGUUUUUAAGGAUAUGUUAUAAAAGAAAACAGUAUUAAGAUAAAACAGAUCAAAAGAAUUGUCUCCAUAGUAAAAGAAAAUGCAAUAUUAUACUUGGUAAAUACAUUAAACUUGUUGCCAGCCUUCCUCAGAUGGUCUGCAGCACGGAAAUUGGUAAGGAGUGAGGGUAUGCUUGUCAGAUACCAUUAUUGAGAAAUUAAAAUAAUGCCUAUGUGGAUAUCAGUACAGUAUGUGUAAUGGUGCAUUAAUGUAGUAAGCAAAGGAACUGGUAAAUGGAGAGAGGGAUUACAUUAAAAGCAGUAAUCACUUAGAUUUCCUUGGAAAUGCUUCAGUCAGUACAAGCAGAUAUAGAGAGGAUAUAACCAUAACGGAUUUGUUAAACUAUAAGUGCUACAUUACAAAGUAUUUGUGACUGGGAGACAAGUAAGUAAAGAGAAGCCCAAAGUGUGUUGCUGUGUUAUUUAGAACAUGCUUCCAUAUAGUGGUGUAACUGAUGGGUUCCCUGAUGAAAAAAAAAAGAAAAUUUAGGGUAUGCAGGAAAAUUAGUUUUCAUUUACUGGAAGGCAUGAAGGGUAACACUAGGUACAAUUUUGACUAUGCCAAAUUUGAAAUGAAUUAUGAUUCAUUUCCAGUCAUUUUUGUUUUUAGUCUACAAUGUUCCUGAAUGAAUGGAGUAUAUAGAUAUAUAUGAGAUGUUUGAUGAUCUGUCAUGCAUGCAGCUAAUGAGCAUCUGUUUAAAAUAACUUUCGGUGCAACUCUUUCUUGCCUAACAGUCUUAUAGAUCCUAUAACAGUCUCUCAUUAUUUUAGGUUUGUUUGUCCAGAAAUACUGUUCUUGUCUGAAUUUUCUUGGCUUGGGAUGGAUAACCUUUCAAGUAAGAGAACUGCUUCUGUGUGUAUGUAUGCAGAUAUGCACAUGUAUGUGUAUGUAAAUAUACCUAUAGUUGAGGGUAUAUUAUAUAUGUGUGUGUAUAUAAAGCACUUACACAUUUAAUACAGUGUAUGUGUAUAUAUUUUAUAUCACAGUAUUCUGUGAUCACAACAAACAUGAAACAUGUCAUAUAUCGGUGCUACAUGAAUGUAUUCUAUUAACAACCCAAUACAAGAUUUAGAGAUUUCAAGUAAGACAUUUCUAUUGUUUUUAUACUGAUAAAAUAGUUUAAAAAAUAGAUUUUCAUAAAUGUAUCAGUACUUAGGAUAUAACAGAUGAGUAAAUGAAUAUUUAUAUGUGUAUGUAAAUUAAAUAUUCAGUGUUCUACAGUGUUUAUAUGAGAGUGUAAUCAAUGAGUUAUUGGAAAUGAAAAAAAAUAUCAAAUAUAUUUAAAGCACUUUUGAUAUCUGGUUUUCUACAGAGAUUUUUUACUAACACAUUAAAUGUUAAAAUAUAAUAAAUCACAUACAAGUAUGUGCCAGAGGAUAUAUGUGUGUGCAUGCAUGCCUUAACAAAUGGGACGGAAUAAUAGAUGUUUUUUUUAUACAUAUAUGAAUUAUGCAACAACAGAGUUUCAAAUAUUUUCAUUACUUUAUUCCUUUUUGUAUGGUUUUCGUCAAAGACAACUUUUGGUAUCCAUACACUAAUGUAUACUUAUUAUCUUUUAGCAGUUAUGUUACAUAUUAUAUUACAUUAUUAUAUUUUGUGGUCUUGCUACCUCGAAGCAAUGUAACAUCUUUUACAAGCAAUGCAUUUUGUGAAGUGUAUUUUAAGUGGAUUCAACCAGUGAAGCAUUUCAUGUAUCACACAGUAACUAGACAUUGUAGUCUAAUUUAAGAUAUAUCAUUUGGAUAACAGAAUACAAUACACUUUUAUAUGGAUUAGUGCCAUUCUCUGUAUGUGGUACCUAAUGAUAGACCUUACUAGGAAAUAUAGUAAAUGGUCAUAAGAUAACAACAAAUGCUGAUUGUUUUUACUUGUAG